GCACGUCGCCGAGACGACAGCGCGAGAACGCGCCCGUUUGUGGUAUGUUCUGGCCGCUUGCUAAACUUGGAACGGAGACAUCGUCUUGUCUUUUGUUUGAUUUAGAACAAUUUGACUAAUAGAAAACAAUAAUGACAUUGACGCCUCUUGUUUACUGGGCUCAACGCUACGAGGAAAUCUUCCUUCGCGUGGAGCUGACUGACGCUCAGAACAUUGACGUCCACGUGCAUGAAAACAUCCUUCACUUUCAAGCCCAGAGCCAUGGUGCGAAAGGUCAGCACCUGUACGACUUCACCCUGGAGUUUCUUUUACCUGUAAAAGCACAGGCAUCUGAGGUGGCUUACCAGUCCACUCAGCGUCAGGUGAACAUCAGCGUGAAGAAAGAACAUUGCGGAUGGUGGGAAAGGUUGACCAAACAGGAACGCAAGCCGCCCUUCUUGGCUCCUGAUUUCGACUGCUGGCUCGACGAGUCGGACGCCGAGAUGGAGAUCAAGGAGAAGGAGGAGAGAAAAAUCAGACGAAAAGCUUCGCGGCCUGAUGAGAAAGGGUCCAUCAGUCUGAAAACAGGAUUUUUGUUUACAUACAACUUGGUGCAGUUUCUUGGCUUUUCGUGGAUCUUUGUCAACAUGACCAUUCGCCUCCUAAAGUUUGGUCUAGAUUCCUUCUACGACACAUUUCAUACCAUUUCCAGCGUCAUGUUCUUCUGCCAGAUCCUGGCAGCCGUCGAGGUCCUCAACGCUGCUUUUGGGCUGGUCAGGACAAGUGUGACCCCAAAUCUUAUACAAUUGUUUGGGAGGAAUUUCGUCCUCUUUGUCAUUUUUGGUUGCUUGGAAGAAAUGCAGAAUAAGCCGGUGGUCUUCUUUGUUUUCUAUCUGUGGAGUGCCAUUGAAAUAUUUAGGUAUCCAUUCUACAUGCUGGGAUGCUUCAACACCGAGUGGAAAAUCCUCACAUGGUUGCGCUAUUCCCUCUGGAUGCCCCUUUACCCGUUAGGUGCUCUUGCCGAGGCUGUCGCCGUGGCCCAGUCCAUUCCCAUCUUUGACAAAACCAACCUGUUCAGCAUUCCUCUGCCAAGGGCUCUCGGCACAUCACUGAGCUUCUCCAAUGUCCUGCGUGUGCACCUCGUGCUCAUGUUUCUAGGACUUUUUUUCAACUUUCGUCAUCUCUACAAGCAAAGGCAGAGGCGCUUCCGCGUCACGAAGAGAAAGGCUCAUUGAUGCGUCGCCCCUCAUGCACCUGUGCGGCCGUUUGUUUGAGAUGGUCUCAUUUUUACAGGCGCCUUACUGUGUGUUCUUAACUUCCUCCCUUGAUGGUUUAUUUGCACCCAGUCAUCAAAAUUGGUCUGGCCCAGCUCUGGGGCAGACAAGGCAGGACACUCGGCCCACAUUCCUCAAUGAAUGACGGUCCUGCAGUGGCCCACGUCUGGCAUCCAUGAUGUGGGCCGCAUGCGGCCCAGAUCUGAGCCGCAUUGUAAAACCAUAUCUGGCCCUACUCCGG